CAACAAUACUGCUUGAUAACAACGUUGGUCACAUUCUCGACUAUAUUGAAAGAACCCUCAACGACAUAGAUUUUGAAGCUCAAUUAUAUGAACCUUCAGAAGGCGUCAUAAUUGAAGAAAUGGGAGUAAUAAUG